CCAGCGCAUUUUUCGGUUCAAGGUCAAUGGAUGAGGAUGAGGAGGUUUUCUCAGCCCUUGAGACCCAGCUAGAUAGCAUAUUUAUGGUUUUGUCCUCUACAGGCUCCAGCGAUUCUGGAUUAUCGGAAUCACAGCAUGGCCUUAAUGAUAAGCAUAUGGCAUCGUUUCUAGAUGCUUGCCGGAAAAUGGAUUCCUGGUUUAUUAAGAAGCGUCUGGCAUUAUCAACCUAUUGCCAGGAUUAUGCGCUGAAAGAGGAAAUAGAUGCACUGAAUGCAGAGUGCGCAAGAAAAGAAAAGCUUGCUCAGGAGUUAAAAAUGCGAAUAGAAGACUAUUCAAAGUCAAUCCAAGUUAUUGUAGACCAAUGUGGAGACUCUUAGGAAGGAGCGAAACGAUCAGUUAUUCGGUGAUCUUCGGUGUAAAUGACCAAAAGCGAAUUGUUGUGAAGUGAACACAGGAAACCAAUCUAUGCCUUCUACAGUAGAGCUGAUCAGAACAGGCAGUCCCAAGAUGGCCCAAAGACAGAAAAAAGACAGUUGUUUGAGAUGAAAUCUACUCUACUAUUUAGCAGCAAUAAUAACAUAUCAAAAACUCAAAAUCACCUCAACUAUGCCUUUAAGCAACUAAAUAAAUCAGAAAGGUUUCAAGCACAAAAAAGACACUGUGGAACAAAAUUAGUUAACC